GCCCCGUGGUCGAGGGGGGGGACCUGCCGCCGGGCGUCGCGAGGGAGGCGGAGCGCGUGGCGGAGGCCCUGGGCAUCACCAGGGCGCUCCGCGGCCUCAUGGCGCCCUUCGGCUCCGCCCCGACCCGCAGCGUGCGGGAGAAGUACGACCAGCUCUUCGACCGAAUGUUCGUCACAGCGGUCGUGGCAUACGCAUUGGUCCUCGCGUUCACUGCGGGGUUUGGCGCUUACCAGCUGGUGGUGGUCUCCCGAAGGUUCGACACGUAUCCGAGCAUGCGUCAGUUUACGGCGGUGUUGA